UCUUUCAUUUCAUUUUGAUUUAACCAUUAGCCCUCUUUCCCAGAUCGAAAUGGGUGUUUCUUUUUUCAAUAUAAACAAUUGGGUGGGAUUCCGUCAUAUACAAAACGUUUCUACAGAGAGCAGAAAUCGAGAGAUAUGGAAAGUGGGGCGAAGGGUAAAGUUUGUGUAACUGGAGGCACUGGAUUCAUAGCUUCAUGGUUGAUCAAGAGGCUUCUUGAAAAUGGCUACUCUGUUACUACCACUGUUAGAGCCGACCCAGAGAAGAGAAAAGACUACAGUUUCUUGACAAAUCUACCCAGUGCAUCAGAAAAACUGCAAAUAUACCAUGCUGAUCUCAACGACCCAAACAGUUUUGCUCCUGCCAUUGCGGGUUGCAUUGGAGUCUUUCAUCUUGCUACCCCCAUUGAUGUGCAUGACAAAGAACCUGUGGAAUUGUUAACGAGAAGAACGAUUGAAGGUACAAUGGGGAUCCUUAAACUUUGUCUAGAUUCAAAAACGGUAAGGCGAGUUGUAUACACUUCCAGUGCAGCCACCAUGCAGUUUAGUCACCACAGUGUAGACUUCUUGGAUGAAAGUUGUUGGAGUGACAUUGGAUACAUCAAUAGUAUUGCACCAUACGGAAGAUCAUACCCGAUUUCCAAGACGUUAACUGAGAAAGCAGUUCUUGAGUUCUCUCAGCAAUAUGGAUUGGAAGUUGUCACUGUCCUUCCAACUUAUGUCGUCGGUUCCUUCAUUUGUCCAAAAAUUCCCGGCUCUGUUCAUGUGACAAUGUCUCUGAUAUUAGGUAAUGAAGCAGAGUAUGGAUUGAUCUUAAAAUCAAACAUGGUGCAUGUAGAUGAUGUGGCAAGAGCACAUAUAUUUCUAUUUGAACAUCCAAAUGCAAAUGGGAGAUAUGUUUGCUCUUCCCACAUAAUCACUUUGGAAGAAUUGGCCAACUUCCUUUCUGCCAAGUACCCAGAAUUUCAGAUACCAUCUCCUGAGUCUUUGAAAGAUGUCAAAGGCUACGUAUUCACUGAUGUCUCAUCAAAGAAGCUUUUGGAUGCUGGUUUUCAAUACAAGUAUAGUAUCGAAGAAAUGUUUGAUGGAGCAAUCCAAAGCUGCAAAGAGAAGGGUUAUCUUUAGCUCAUGUUUUUGUGUUGAUAAAUAUAUAAAAGUAAACGUUGAAAUGAUAUUAAUAAAUGCUUUUGAUUGCAAAGUUUGAUGUUGUUAGUUUCUCUAGGCUUUGGACCAUACAAAAUCUGUAUGUUACAAUUAUCUUUCUCAAGGAAGUAGUACCUGUUUCUGUUUUGCAUAGUCUCUUAUCUUCUGGAAACAUGUAUAUUUGAAUAGUUUUUGGCUUCUGUAGCAUGCAACUGUUGUGUACUUUGCAGUUAGUUUUAGGGAAAUACUUGGCUGCUU